UUCAGCAAGGCCACGCAGCCCCAAAUAAGCUCCUAUAGAAACACGGCAGGGUUUUUUUCAAUGAGACGGCUGACAGCCUACCGCUCCUCCUGUGAGUGGGACUCUUAAAAUGGUCGGCUUUAGGACCCGGGAGAGCAGGCUGCCACAGAGGCAUUGCAGACAGCGCGUUUGGGAGGUGUAGUGGAAGAAAGGCAAAGAAACGGAGUAAAUGAGAGCACUUUUGUCCAGAUUGUUGAAGGACUUAUCAACUUAAUAUACCGCCGAAACAGCUCACUAUAAUGAGACGGACACAUUGUUGAAUUCCUGCCCAGGUAAAUGUCCGCGUUUCCUUCGCAUGUUUAACUACAAGAGGUCGACAGCUAGACAGGGUAACCACCAUUGAGAAGGAGGCUGUAAACCCCAGGACCUUGUCUCCAGGCUCCUGCACAGAGCUAAGAGAAGGAAACUCCGGAAACAAAGCUGUCUCUCUCCCUGUGGGAAACCUGGAUCCUCCAUCCUGCCCACCAACAUGACCAAUGUGGUAAUUGUCAAGGAGGGGUGGCUGCAUAAAAGAGGGGAAUACAUCAAGACCUGGAGGCCUAGGUAUUUUCUUCUGAAGAGUGAUGGUACGUUCAUUGGCUACAAAGAGCGACCGCAAGAUGUUGACCAGCUGGAAACCCCCUUAAAUAACUUCUCUGUCGCACAGUGCCAGCUGAUGAAGACGGAACGGCCCAAGCCCAACACAUUUAUCAUCCGCUGCCUGCAGUGGACCACUGUCAUCGAGCGCACCUUCCACGUGGAGACCCCCGAGGAGAGGGAAGAAUGGACUAAAGCCAUCCAAGCAGUGGCUGAAGGCCUGCAGAAACAAGAGGAGGAGAUGAUGGACUCCUCUCCAGACCCCAUGGACAUGGAGGUCUACCUGACCAAACCCAGACAAAAAGUGACUAUGCACGACUUUGAAUACCUCAAACUCCUGGGAAAAGGCACUUUUGGCAAAGUUAUCCUGGUAAAGGAGAAGGCCACAGGACGCUACUACGCCAUGAAGAUCCUAAAGAAGGAGGUCAUCGUAGCAAAAGAUGAAGUGGCGCACACACUCACAGAGAACAGAGUCCUCCAGAAUUCAAAGCAUCCGUUCUUGACAGGACUGAAAUACUCCUUCCAGACACAUGACCGCUUGUGCUUCGUCAUGGAGUAUGCAAACGGUGGCGAGCUUUUCUUCCAUCUGUCAAGGGACCGUGUAUUCUCAGAGGAGCGGGCACGGUUCUACGGUGCAGAGAUAGUGUCAGCGCUGGACUACCUGCAUGCUGAAAGAAACGUGGUCUAUCGAGAUCUAAAGCUGGAAAACCUUAUGCUGGACAAAGACGGACACAUAAAGAUCACAGAUUUUGGCCUGUGUAAGGAGGGGAUCAAAGAUGGUGCCACCAUGAAAACUUUCUGUGGGACGCCGGAGUACCUAGCACCUGAGGUGCUGGAAGACAACGAUUAUGGCCGUGCUGUGGACUGGUGGGGUCUGGGGGUGGUGAUGUAUGAGAUGAUGUGCGGCAGACUGCCUUUCUACAACCAGGACCACGAGAAGCUGUUUGAGCUCAUCCUCAUGGAAGACAUCCGCUUUCCUCGGACACUGGGCCCCGAGGCACGCUCGCUGCUCUCUGGCCUUCUAAAGAAAGAACCAAUGCAGAGGUUAGGUGGAGGGCCUGACGAUGCCAAGGAAAUCAUGCAGCACAAGUUCUUUGCAGGAAUUGAAUGGCAAGAUGUUUAUGAGAAGAAGCUGGUCCCGCCGUUUAAGCCCCAAGUUACCUCGGAGACGGACACUCGAUAUUUUGACGAGGAGUUCACAGCACAGACCAUUACUAUUACGCCACCCGGACAAGAUGACAGUAUGGAGUCAUUCGACAGCGAGCGGAGACCCCACUUCCCACAGUUCUCCUACUCUGCCAGUGGGACGGCCUAAACGACUCUCAUACAUUCCUCCGGUCGCACCAUCUCCCCUCACCCCACCCGACUGCACUCUCAAAAGACCGGGGCCACAGCCCCAUCCUCCCAGCAUUGUCUGCAGAUGCCGUUGGUGGAUGUAACAUUUCCAAUCUGCAAGUUGUGUUUUCCAGGAAGGAGGAAAUUCAAGACAAAACAAAGAACUUUGGUUGUUCUGUGAGGCCUUUGAAGACUGACCACGGAGAGAGAGUUAACACUGCCCUGCAUCUCCUAGUUGUUAUGUUGUAUACUGAGCAGGCAUCCAUACACCAUAAUGAAUGGGGAAAUGUAGUUAUGUUGUGCACAAAUUAGGCCACUGAUGUGAAUUUUGUAGUGAAAACGUACAACUGAAAAUGAAUCAACCAUUUCAAAUAGAAAUGGGCACACUGUGGACCAAAAAGAUCAUGUGAGCAGAGAGUGUGUUUGUUGAGUGGGUAAUAAAUCCAUGUUUUCCUCUCCAAGACUUCUGAACAAUUCAAAUACCAUUCAGACUUCGAGACAAUUUUGGCUUCAAAAGUGAAUGUACCGUAUCAAAUAAAGUCAAUCUUUCUGCAUA